AUGCGCCACUCAAUUUUUCUCCGAGGGUCCGGUAUUUACUGGCCUUCCAGGCGCGCCUUGAGUGGCACCACUCGCGUGCAAGCCUGCCAUUCAAGACAAAAUCAACCCCAAAAUGGAAUUGAACGUGAAAAUCAAGUACCUCAAGUCCCAAAGUGUGCAGCAAAGGCCCCAGCUCUGCCCCCUUCCACACUUCGCCUCCCAUUCUGGACCUGCAGAUCCACCUGGAGAAGAGCAGGGAUCAAUACACUCCGCUGUUUGGUCGGAUGUACAACUGGUGAUUUCUCCGCAUUAUGGAUUCUGCAAACAUAUUGCCCUGAGAUGGGUAUGAGUAGCAUCAUGGCUUUGUCGAUGGUGUCUGGUAUCACAACCUCGGUGAUUCUUGAGACAGUCCUGCUGCGCCGGGGCGCUGAUCAGCUCUCCUGGCCGAGAGCUGCUCGUACCGCUAUGGGCAUGAGCAUGGUUUCAAUGCUGGGCAUGGAACUAGCAGAGAAUGCAGUUGACUAUCAUCUCACCGGUGGGAUUGUUGCAUUUGGAGAUCCAAAAUUCUGGCUGGCAGCCGUGUUGUCGAUGGGUGCUGGAUAUUUGGCGCCGCUGCCGUAUAACUAUCUGCGUCUUCGUAAAUACGGGAAGGCGUGUCAUUGA